CAAAAAACAACACAGAAGAAGAAGAGGCGUCACCAUGGGAAAGACACAACGUGGGAAAAACGCGUCUUUGCAGAAGAAAGCAGAACGCAAAAAAGCAGCGAAUGAUUUUACUUUGUCGCUGGACUCUAGUGACGAGGAGGCGCCAGAGGAGGUGACCUUUGAGGACUCGAAAGCCCAGGCUUUUCAGAGCCUGAAACAGGCGCUGGACACGGCCAGAAGGGAGAAGGAGCAGCUGAGGGAGAAGAGGAGGAAGAGGCAGGAGUUUUUCCAGGAACAGAAGAAAAAUAAACUCCUGCCAGCAGAUGUGUUGGAGGAAAUUGACCCGACACCUUUGAAGAAACAGAAACAGUCUGAGGAUGAAGCUGGAGAGGAGGCUCGAGAGGAAGACGGAGAAAAGGAGGAAGGACACGCGAAGGAGAGGAAACUCCCACAUGACAGAACCCUGAAGGGAAGCUACACGGUGACCACGGUAACGGAGCGGGAGGCAGCCCACUACCAGCGGCAGGCGGCGGAGGACUUUAUCCGCUCCAGGCUGUACGGGCCGGGAAGCUGCAGAAGCACCAGUAAUGAGCUGCUGUCCCUCCAGAACAAGCGAGGAACCAACAAAGGUGCAGCUGUGCAGUUUGUCAAAAAAGAUUGGGCCUGUAAGGAGAAGGCCAAGGCAGAGAAGCUGAAGAAGAGGUGGCUCCACAAACAGCAGAUGUCCUCCAGCUGAUGAGGACAUGAGGAUUUAACUCUCCUCCUGGAAACAUGACGUCCUCCAUGGCUGCUAAAUGUUAUAGAUGACCUUCAGAAGCUGCUGGAGCUUCAGGGCUGAGAUGCUGUGGUUGGACUUUAAACCUUGUUUCAGGUGUUCAGUUUAAAAGGUGGAAUUUUUCCCAUCAUAAACCUAAAAGCAGAGAAGAAGCCCUGCUCAUGUUAAAAUGCUCCUUUAGUACCGUUUGUCACUUGUUUUUAAAAAUAAAGAUGUCCUUCAGA